UGGUCAUUGUACAAAGUCUGGAUGGAUGAAUGAAGACGCCUUCCUCAUCUUCCUGGAGCACUUCAUCCGCCACACCAACUGCUCCACCGAUCACCCAGUCCUGCUCAUUCUGGACAACCAUGAGUCUCACAUCUCACUCAAUUCAGUGACAAUUGCUAAAGAGAAUGGGGUCAUUAUGCUCACCCUGCCACCUCACACCUCACACCGCUUGCAACCAUUAGACAAAACUGUCUAUGGACCACUCAAAACCUACUAUAACCGAGCGAUGGAUGGGUGGAUGCGAUCACAUCCUGGGCGAACCGUAUCGAUCUACGAGGUCCCAGAACUUGUGAAGCAAGCGUUCCUCUCUGCAAUGUCACCAACAAACAUAACCUCAGGUUUCAGAGCAACGGGCAUAUACCCUUUCAACAGGGACAUCUUCCCGGAAGAAGACUAUGCACCAUCAAUGGUGACAGACAGGGCAAAUCCAGAAGAUGAACCCAGUGCCAUUGCUGACCUUCCUGGAGAAGAGCCCUCCACCAGUGCAGCUGCUCACCUGCCUGGACCAUCACAUGUGCAUGUCACAGCAGGUCCAGACCCAGGAGAGCCACCUGCUACUCUGCCAAAUCCCGAGCACUCAUCAAGUGACGAAUCUGGUUGUUCUGCUCACUUGGGUUAUGUGUCUCCAGAAGUCAUUCAUCCCUUGCCAAAAUCCACAGAAAGAAAGAACAGAAUUGUAAGAAAGAAAGUGAAAACAAGAAUUGUGACUGACACACCUGAGAAGAUGGAGUUGGAGAAGGCUCACAAAGAAAAAGAAGAUAAAAAGGCCUAACAGGAAAAGAAAAAGAAUGAAAGAGAGAAGAAAAGGGCUCUGAAACCUGCAAAUCAAACCAAAACCAAGAAGAAAAUGGCCGUGUACAGUAGCUCAGAAGAAAGCUCCACCACCGAU